AUGAUGACGGAGUUUGCGUGGGCGGAUGAGGAGGAGGAGGAGGGGGGUGAAAGGCCAAAGGCGGUGUCUCAAUUAAUCGGGAGGAGACCGAAAGGCCAUAGGCGGAGUUUUCGGGAAAUGUGUAUGGCGAUGGAGUUUGCGUGGGCGGAUGAGGAGGAGGAGGGGGGUGAAAGGCCAAAGGCAGUGUCUCAAUUAAUCUGGAGGAGACCGAAAGGCCAUAGGCGGAGUUUUGGCCACUGA